GAAGCCGCGCCGGAAAUGUUUCGUUCGCGUCUUCUUCCUGAUUCAGGAGGAGCUGUGAAAGCGCAACACAGCGGCAGAUUUCAGCUUGAGAUGAUGGAUAAUUCGCAGCAGCACAGUUCUAAAAGCUUUCCACCGCCUCCCUUCAAAGACCCUGCGGGUUCAGACAGCGGACUUUACACAGGACCACCACCGAUACCUCCUCCACCCGGACCGGCGCACACAUGGAACAUGUACCCGCAUCAAUGGCCCCCUUUCCCACCCGGUGCACCUUAUCUACCUUUCGACCCCAGCAGACCACCGCCAGGAACCUUCGAAACACCCCAGUACAAUGACAUACCUCCUCCAACCUGGACUCAGAACGAGUGGAACCCCCCAGACCCCCAUUUCAGAGGACACUUCCCACCACAUUCCGCACCAGCACCAUAUCAGUCCAACUUCAGAUCAGACAGCACCAACAGACAGAACUACCCCUUUACAGACAGACCCUGGCCGGAUGACUACCAAAGCAACCAGGACCAAACCAGAAGCACCUCCACAACAGCAUCUGAUGAAGAAUCGCUGCAGAGAUCGAAAGACGAGCGGUGGGUUCACGGUUUCCUGCUUCAAAUCUCAACCAAAGAUCAACCACCAGAGCCCCCGAAGUACAAACCUUCUAUUGCGGAGUUCAGACAGAAGCUCUACGGGACUCUUCAGAUGGUGUCGGAGUUAAAUCAAGUGCGUCAGAUGUUAGAAGAUAACUUGGAAAAUGAACGCGUUUGGACUGAGACGCUCUCAAAAGCAGCGGAGUUAAAGAACAUCGUACGGGAGAGACUGACCUCUCUGAAGGACCCUGACUGUCUCGGCAGCAUCCAGAGGAAACUGCUGUUGAUAAAGAAGAAAAGAGCAAGGGGGCGGAGGAGAAAGAGGGAGGAGAGGGAGGAGAUGCAAGAACAGGAGGUCAGAAGAGCCCAGCGACAGGCGGAGGUGGAUAAGUGGCAGAUGAAACGCAUUCAAGAAGUGGAGGAGAAGAACAGGGAGAAAGAGUUGAAGUUGGCUGCCGAUGCUGUGCUUUCUGAGGUCAGAAAGAAACAAGCCGAUACCAAGAGAAUCCAAGACAUACUGAAGUCACUGGAAAAGCUGAGAAAACUUCGCAAAGAGGCUGCCGCCAGAAGAGGCAUGUUUCCAGAAAAGCAGAGUGACGAGACGUUCGAGGGUCACUUGGAGCGUCUGAGGUGUCUGAUCAGUAAACGCACGGCCGUCUAUGCGGCGGAGGAGAAAGCUCUGAGGGUCAUGCUGGAGGGAGAGCAGGAGGAGGAACGGAAGCGAGAUCGGGACAUCCGUCAGAAAAAAGAAAAGGAGAAGCUGUUUCAGAAGAAGCGAGAGGUUGAUUUCAUGCUGUUUGGAGCUGAAUUACCGCCCCAUCACCCUCUUCAGCCUUUCCAAGAUUACUACACGCAGGCCGAGCGCUCCCUUCCUGCACUGAUACAAAUAAGGAGAGAAUGGGAUCAGUUUCUGGUUCCGGUUGAACAUCCCGAUGGUACCCCGGUUCCUCAGGGCUGGGUUCUCCCCGACCAGCCAUCUGAUGACAUCUGGGCCACGGCGCUGGAGAAAUGACACAUUCUUUUUCUAACCAAUGACUGUUUCUAAAAAAUAACCAGACGAGUGACUCCGCUGGUUAAAAUGUCCUCACCGGCCUCCGGAUUUCAUCCGUUUGAAUGGAUUUAACAUAAAGGAUGUUCAGUCUAUAAGUAGUCUCUGAAACACGUCACAUGUUGACUUGAUUACGUCACAUCGGCGUCCUGUGAUCUGCUUUGGACACCUAAGCAGGUUGCGUCGCUUACAAAUAAAAGAUGCAUAUUCA